GCUCCAGAGAAGGGGAGAAAAGAGGAGAGAGAGAGAGAGGGAGAGAGAGGGAGGGAGGGCAGGCCGUGUGAGGGGAGGCUGGUUCAGAUUUUCCAGAGAGGAAGACCCGGCUUCGUGUGGACUCACCGACGGGGAGCUUCAACGGUUAACGUAGCCCCGGAGUUGAGCUGCUGAGCGCGGAGAAUGGAAACUAGCUAACCCCGCUCACAUCUGCCGACGGAGCCUGUUUGAAAAAGAUUUGCAUAAAGCAGGGAGAGGAACAAAACGAUGCGGCUGCUGUCGGUUUGCUGCAGCUUGUGAGGUUUAAAAAGAGCCUGGGGACAAGUUGAGAGAAAACCGGUUUUCCCUGGUACCCUCGCGCUGCUUUUGUGGCAGUGAAUGGUGGGCUGUUGUUCCUGCCUGACAGGAAGAAGUUAACGUUACAAGUGGCGGACACACAGACUCAUCGUCCCCAAACCUGCUCCAAUGGACUUGAGAUAACGCCAACUGAAGUUCUUCUCUCAUCCUGAACUUCAGCCGGUCCCAGAGCCUUUGACAUUCAACCAGAAUGGCAGAUCCCACUGGGCUGAGCUCAGAAGGGGCGGGGGCAGACAUGGCUGAGGUUGACGCCUGCAGUUUGGAGAUAGAGAGGAAGUAUGAUGUCAUCCCCGCCGUCAUCUCUUCAAUGUGCUGCCUGUUCGGCAUCAUCUACUGCUUCUUUGGUUACCGCUGUUUCAAGGCUGUCAUGUUCCUGUCUGGCCUGAUGUUUGGCUCAGUUAUCAUUUUCUUGCUGUGCCACAAGGAGCAUGUGCUGGACACCCAGCUGAGCGUCGAGGCCAGCGCAGGCAUUGGCCUUGGUAUAGGCCUCCUCUGUGGCCUGGUCACUAUGCUGGUGCGAAGCGUCGGCCUCUUCAUGACCGGCCUGCUGCUGGGCCUUCUCCUGGCUCUCGCCGCUCUGCUGGUCACUCACCAGUUCUACACACCGACCACGGUCUGGGUGCCACUGGGUGCUCUUCUGGGAACAGGCAUGCUGUUCGCUGUGCUGACGCUGCAGUGGCAAAAGCUCUUCACCAUGCUGUCCACUGCUGUGUUCGGGGCAGCCAUCAUGACAGUGUGUGCUGAUUACUUUGUGGAGAUGCUGGCUCUGGCCAAACAUGUGUAUGACUGUUUGCGCCUCACUCCUGGACCAGCGCUCUGCUGGUACAGCUGGGUCAUUCUUGGCAUCUGGCCUGCACUCAGCCUCAUAGGAGUACUGGUCCAGUGGAAACUGACGGAUAACAGCUUCUCACACACUGAGGUCGUUAUCAGUCGGAGACAAAAGAGAGUCCAGCUGAUGCGGAUUCGAGAGAAGGACGCCAAGAAGCGACAGCAGGCAGGUGGGCAGGAAGGCACUUAUCGUCGUAAACCCACCCCAGUGAAACGUUACGCUGGGGAUCUACUGGCACCGAGCUACCUGCAAAGUCUACGGGACAGACAGAUGGGCACCGGCACUUCCCUUAGCAGCCUGGGCACCGCCAACCACACCAUGAUCGACUUGGACUACGACACCGGGUCCACCGUGCCUCUCACUGCUACCACUCCAGUUGUCAGGGUCUGAGCAACGCACAGAUAAAAAGGGACUACGUAGUGCUCUCUGGUUCUCCAACUGUGUCUUGCUAACGUAGAGUAGAACCUGUUAACUGCUCCACUAUAUAAGGGCUUUAAUUGCCUUUAAAUUGGUUUGAAGUGAGGAUGGAUUUUUCUCCAGAAUCAGUUCUGGGUGUUCAGUGAAACCGAAUGCUGCUUUCUGGAGAGAGGUCAGAGGUGCCAGGCUCCUGUUAGAUGAUCCUAAAACCACUGCAACCACUGUGCUUCUCAGAGAAACACAAACUAACAAAGUAAGGUCACCCAUCUCCACUCAUAACGUGUUGAAUACAUAACGGCAAGUUUGAGCCUCAAAAACAGAUGUUUUGGUAGUGAAUAUGGCAAAGCAGUUUGUUUGACAUUACGUGUACUGUACUUAAAAAGUUAGUCAUUGCCAUGAAGUGUUGUGUUAUUACUUGUCUUUGUGUUUAACUGUGUGGUCGUAGGAUUUGUGGACAGUUAUCGUUAAAGUGACUUCUAUUUUGUGUAUUUUUUAUUUUUAAGAUGGAGUGGUGAGAAAUUAAAGUCUGACAUGAAUAUGUGGAAAUGAGGAUCGUUUUUGCAACGUAGCCCCUGUCAGAAUACAAUAGGUGAAGAACAUAGUCUGUCGUGUAUGCUUGUGGAGUCAGUUUUUUGUAAUUUAAUUUAUAUAAUGACCAAGUACAUGGUAGUGUUGGACAAAAGGACAAAAAACAAAGCAUGUUUGUCGUUAAUUUGUAGAUUUUUAAAUAAUUAUCCAUUUGUUGUUUGAAUUUAUCAGGGACAACGCACUUGUUUCCUGAAUCUGUAAAUACCUGUUGAUAGAAAUUUCAAAGAUAAAUAAAUUUGUUUGAUACAAAA